AUGGCUCUUCGAAAUGAUGCCGUGAUCAACGACGAUGAUAUCAAACAAGACAGAUCCACAGAUGAGAAAGACAUCGAAUCAUACAAUGCGGCCCAAGUCAAACAGAUAAGUCGCAAAUCAGGCGUAUUCAAUGUCUUCAUUUCAGGAUUGGCUUUGUUCAGCGAUGGCUAUAACGCACAAAUCAUCGGUUAUAUGGAACCUCUCUUCUCCGUUCUAUAUAAAAACGGCAUGUCCUCCAUCAUAAAGUCUCGACUGUCGAAUUCAUACCUGAUCGGAGAGAUAUUCGGGAUGCUAUUCUUCGGGGUCUUGAUCGACCGUAUAGGACGGAGAACGGGUAUAGUCGCUGCAACAUUCUUCUUGAUUCUGGGAAUUGUCCUGGCAACUGCUGCGCAUGGAAAGUCUGAAUUAGGAAUGUUCUGGAUGAUGAUUGUUGCCCGUGGCAUAGCAGGUUUUGGGGCUGGUGGUGAAUAUCCCGUGUGUGCCACGAGUGCGACUGAAGCAGCAGAUGAAACUGCACAUUUACGGAAGAGAAGGGGGCUGUUGGUUGCAUCGACGACUGACUUUUCUGUUGACUUGGGCUUCGUGGCUGCCGGCAUUGUGGCUCUAAUUGUCCUUGCUUGUUUCCAGCAAGAUGUCAAAGAGGGUGUAUGGAGGGUCUGCUUUGGAAUUGGAAUCAUACUCCCUAUAUCAAUUUGCUUCUUCCGCGUUCGCAUGGUCAACUCGACACAGUACCGCAAACAUGCCAUCAAAUCGCAGUACCCGUACUGGUUGAUUCUGAAGAGAUAUUGGAAGCCCAUUCUGGGAACAUCUCUGGCGUGGUUCUGCUAUGACUUUGUGACGUAUCCUUUUGGGCUAUUUUCGUCGACCAUCAUCUCGCAGCUCAACACUGACAAUUCAACUGUGAAAAAUGUCGGAUAUGGCACGGUAAUAAACUGCUUCUAUCUCCCCGGCUGUCUACUAGGUGGCCUUCUGAUGGACCGCAUCGGCCGCAAACAAACAAUGACACUUGGUUUCUUCCUCUGGGCAAUCUGGGGCUUCAUCCUCGGCGGGGCUCUAAAGCCCAUCCAAAGCGUCUUCCCCCUUUUCAUCGUCAUGUACGGCAUAUUCAAUGGCCUAGGCGAAAUGGGCCCGGGCGUGUCCACAUUCCUCUGUGCAGCGGAGUCCUUCCCCACUCCACUACGUGGCCAUUUCCUCGGUUUCGCAGCUGCAGUUGGUAAGGCAGGGGCGUCGAUUGGGACGGAGGUGUUUACGCCCAUUCAGGAUUCGUUCGAUUCGACGAUACAAGGACAGCAGGCUGUGUUUCUGAUUGGGUCUGCUUUUACGAUUGUUGGGGGGUUCAUUGCGUGGUUUCUCAUUCCGGAUAUGUCGAGGGAGCUGGAGACGGAGGAUGCCAAGUUCAAGGCAUUUUUGGAGGAGAAUGGGUUUGAUAUCAGUUCGUAUGGGGAGGCGCUUAUUGUUAACCAGCGAGUCUGAUAUUAUAUUGUGUGUAAUUAUCUCUUCGGGAAUAUAUGGGCCCC